AUAAUUGUGUUCUGACAUGAGUGGAGCCAUUCAAACAUGUGUGAUUUGUAUUGAUAGGGUAGGAAAGAUAGUAUAAAAACAAAGUGAAAAUGAGAGACAAAAUAAAAGAUGUUUCAAAUGGCACGUAACAUGUUAUCAACACAUCAAACAUUUGUCUUAUUGAGUUUCUCCAUGCUGGAUGGCCAGAAAUAAAACAAGACAUCCACAACCACACGUCUUACAUUGUAUUCUCAAGCCUUCAUUCUCCUCUUGCUUGUUUUUCACACCCUUCUUCCCUUUUCACAAUGGCUCAGCAGAAGGUGGUGUUAAAGGUCCUUACUAUGACGGAUGACAAAACAAAGAAGAAAUCAAUAGAAGCAGUUGCAGAUAUCUAUGGAGUUGAUUCAAUCGAGACUGAUGUUAAUGAACAGAAGUUAACAGUGAUUGGCGAAAUGGAUACAGUGGCAGUAGUGAAGAAGCUAAAGAAAGUGGGAAAGGUAGAUAUAGUAUCAGUUGGACCUGCCAUAGAAGAGAAGAAAGAAGAGAAGAAAGAAGAAAAGGAAGAGAAAAAGGAAGAGAAAAAGGAAGAGAAAAAGGAAGAGAAAAAAUAAAGACAAUACACAUCAUUGGAUUUUCAAAUUCUCUCUUUACAUUGCCCAAGGAGCUAAUGACUUAUGAAUGUGAUAAUAUAUCUAUCUAUGCAUUUGAUUCAUGCUUGUAAAGAAUGAUAUAACUACAUGCAAAGAAUGAUAAAUUUGUGGAAUGAAAGAGAAACAUAAGACCAAACCAAAAAAUAAAAGCGGACAAAAGAAGAUUAGGAGGUUUUUAUAUGAAAUAAUAAAGGGACCUUUCUCUAUGACUAAAUUUUAAAGAUAUAACCAUUGUGAAUCACCUAAAUGUCUUCAUGAUGUUAAAAUUUAAUUAACAACUAACUUAGCAUGCAAGACAAUUCCAGGGAAAAGUGUUGGGAUUACCCGGAAAGCAAAGCAAUGUACAAUGGCUUCAGCUCCCUUUUCAACAAAAGUGUACUUAGACAUCCGAUUGAGUUGAUUAUUUCAGUGUUUGAACGAAAUUCUCUUCUGUGUGUGAUUGGCCUCGGUUCUUUCUUUCAUAUCUUUAUACACAAGAUGCCUCAUGGAUCUUAUGGAAUUCUUAAUAGGAACAUAGUAACUUGAACUGAUAUGAUGAAUAUGAAUCUGAAGAAUGGUGAUACUGAAAUAGAAUGAUCCUGUCA